GUGAGUGAAGAGGACGGCGCGCGUGAGCUCUAGGUGUUCUGCGGAUGCGCACAACGUGUUCGAUGGAAUGCCGCGGCAAGGUGAAGUGUUUGAUACGCGCCGACGCGGCGUUCCGCGUGCUCGCCGGCGGCGGCCUCCGCGGGAUCCACUUCGUGCCUGGCCCGACCGGCGGUGAGGAGGAGGAGGAGAACGCCCCGCCCCCGUCGCGGCGCUGGUACCGCGCCGCCUACGCCAGGAUGGUCCGGCUCGCCGGGUCGGAGAGCGGCGGCGGCGGCGGUCCGCGGCAAGCGGCGACGGGGUCCGUCGGGGCGGAGGCGCGCGUCGUCGACCGGAUGGCGGAGUUCGACGAGCUGGCGGCGAGGUUCGCCGCGUGGCAGCGCGCGGCACCGCCCCUGAAGGCCACGUCGCUGAGCUCGCUGACGCUAGUGUGCGACGUGCUCGGCGUGUCGGCGCAGCUGAGGAAGAGCGUGCGGCUCACCAUCUGCCCGCAGGUGACGCAGCACCACAUCUGGCGGGGCGCGCUGGAGGAGGUGCUCCGCGACCUGCGCGCCGACAUGGCCGCGCUGGGCCACCCUUCCGCGGCGGCCCAGAUGGCGGAGCAGAUCGCCGCAGCCUGCUUCCGCUUCCUCUCCGACACCGCCGACGCGGCGACGUCCUCGUCCCCGUCCUGGAUGCGCCCGACCCCUUUCAACAAGCCAGCCGAGCCGCCGCCGCCGUCGAAGACAUGGCAAGAAGUGCUCGACAUGUUCACCGACCUCGCCAAGAGCCUCGAAGCCGACGCCCGCCUCGCCGGCCACGCGCACAAGGUGUCGGCGAUGAAGGAGGGGCUGUACCAGAUCCGCAACGUCGUCGUCGAGAGGGACAUCGCCUUCAAGGAGGCUCGCCGGCAAGACUGCCUGGUGCAGAAGAAGCUCUCCAAGAGCCUAGGCCACUCAUCCAAGUGCCUCUACACCUUGCUCCUCUUCUACCUCUACGGCACAGUCCGGGACGUCGAGGUGCACGCCGGCAAGCACCUCUCCGGCAAGGGAGGCAAGAACGUCACCGUCCACGCCGCGAUGUUCCUCACCGACGGCGACGAGCCGGCGAUCAGGAGCGCCGUCAAGCAGCUGAGCCGCGCCCUCGGCGUCUUCCGGUUCGUCUGGGAGGCGGCGCAUGCUGACAGUGGUGAUCAUGCCAGUGACAGUGGCAAGGGUGCCAUGGCCAAGAAAGGCCAUGGAGAUGAUGCCAAGGGUUUACUGAAGCUGCAAGGGCAUAUCUGGGGUUUGGGUGUUGAAGAGAAGCAAGUGGCUUACAGAGGGGAUGUGUUCCAUGUUCAUCAGAUACAGCUUCCAUGAUAUUUUUUUUCAGCUUUGCAACAUCUUUUUUAAAAUCAGAUGCAACUUCUGAAGAUUACUGAGCAUUCAUUUUUCGAUGGU